AUGGGAUCUGGGAUGGUGGAAUCUAACUUCGAACCUUCAUUGUGGAGCAACUACUUUAUUGACUACGAGCUGAAGCCACUGCAGAGAUCAGAAAAAUGGAUGAGGAAGAGAGCGGAGAAACUUAAGGAGGAUGUGCUCACACAACUUGAGGAUUGUGAGGAUAUGCAGGAGAGGAUGAACUUAGUGGAUGCAAUCCAACAACUUGGAGUUGAUCAUCUCUUCAAAAAAGAGAUAGAUAACGCACUAAAAGACAUUCACACAAGUGAAUUUAACAGCUCUAGCCUCCAUGAGGUUGCUCUUCGGUUUCGAUUGCUUAGGGAGCAUGGCCUUUGGGUGUCUCCAGAUGUAUUUAACAAAUUCAGAGGUGAUGAUGGGAGGCUGAGCGAUGUGAUAGCUGAGGACACAAGGGGUUUGUUGAGUUUGUAUAACGCAGCUCACCUCCUAAUUCAUGGCGAACCAGAACUAGAAGAAGCCAUCUCUUUUGCUAGACACCAUCUCCAGUCAAUGAGCUCUGUGGAUCCCAUCUUAGCUGCUCAAGUCAGCCGUUCCCUGCACACAGCACUGCCAAGAACAAGCAAGAGACUAGGGACACUGCAGUUUAUGUCAGAAUAUGAACAACAAGAAGGGUUUAAUGGGAUUCUUCUGGAGCUAGCAAAGCAUGAUUUUAACCUUCUACAGAACUUGCACUUGAAGGAGCUGAAAUAUUUCUCUGGUUGGUGGAGAGAUCUUUACAGACAUGUCGGGUUAAACUACGCUAGGGACCGUGCAGUGGAAGGCUACCUGUGGUCAUAUCUGGCAUUCUAUGAGAGUGGCUUGCAGGCUGUCACCAGAAUCUUUUUUGCGAAAAUGAUUCUACUAGUUACCAUGCUGGAUGACACAUUUGAUUCACAUGCUACAUUUCAAGAAUGCCGGCAGCUAAACUCAGCGAUACAAAGCUGGGAUGUGAGCGCUGUCACCCUUCUACCAGAGUAUUUGAAGAGGUUCUAUACAACACUCUUAAGCAACUUUCAGGAGCUUGAGGAUCAAGCAACAGACAUUGACAAGUACCGUGUUGCAUGCACCAAGAAAGAGCUACAGAAACUGUCCAGCUAUUAUAUCCAGGAAGCCGAAUGGGUACACCAGAGGCAUAAACCACCUUUCGGUGAUCAAAUUAAUUUAUCUGCUAUGACCUCAGUCGUUCCACUACUAAGUGUGAGUGGGACAAUAGGCAUGGGUGAAGCUCUAACCAAGGAAGCAUUUGAGUGGGCAGCCAGUAGAUCCGCUGUCACAAUGGCAUCGUCCAAAAUUGGGCGUUUCAUGAAUGAUAUCGCUGCAAUGAAGCGAGGAAGAAACAGAGGGGAUGUUGCAAGCUCCGUGGAGUGUUACAUGAACGAGCACAAAGUCCCGGUGGAAGAUGCAAUCAGCAAGAUCGAGUCACUGGUAGAAGACAACUGGAGAACGCUGAACCAGGCUCGAUUCGACGAUGAUACGACGCUGCUUCCACUGGUAGAGCAAGCUGUAGAUGUAACUGCUUCCAUGUCUUUCUUUUACGAAGACAGGAAGGACGCAUAUACAUUUGCCACCGCACUUCAGGAGACUAUCGAGUCUCUCUUUGUUAACCCUGUCCCGAUUUAAACGAUCCGUUAAUAUACGA